AUUUUACCGAACAACUGGAGGGAUCGCCUUGAUGCUAGGUAGCUGCAAGCUGUGCAUGCCCACCUGCGCCAACGCUGGAGUCGUGAGCAGACGUGAGCAGAACCUGCACCAAAGUUGGUGGUGCAUCGUGGAAAGUCGUUCUAUGAACUCUCAGUCAUGGCUUCUACAUCUGCUAUUCGUGCCGCUAGCAGCGCUUACUUGCAACAUUGCCUAGGUCACACACUACACACACCUCAGCAAAACCGUGCUCUGUCAGGUAGUGUGAGUUGGCUGCCUAGCUGCUGCAGGCGGAAAGGUCACGGAGUCCAGCGGUCUGGUGUUCGAGCCGUCCACGGCAGUGACGAUAAGCCGGAGCCUCCUUGGAAGAGAUUGCAGAAUGCUGCCUCAAAAGAGAACACGGGCAACGCGUCCUCGACGGGAAAAUUGGGGGAAAAUUCGAUACCUGUUCUGGGGGGCGCAGCUCCGGAUGAGGAAUGGCGAAGGCUGGAUGCAAAAGUCCAUGAAUAUCCAACACCACGGUUUUUCACCUCAAUAGGUACAGGGGAUGACGAUUUUGCGAGGUCCAUGGUGACUGCUGUUGAGUCCAUCAUCGGGACUUUGCCUGAGGAACGCGUCGUCCAACGGUACUCUGAAAAGGGCAAGUAUAUAUCUGUGAAGAUUGGUCCCAUCAUGUGCACCUCAUCAGACCAGGUGGUGGCUAUUUACCAGGCCAUGCGGGCGGAUCCGAGGAUGCGCUUCUUCAUCUAACGCAGAGUCUCGUCCUGUCCGGUCUCUUUGCGGGGACAGUUUAUUGCCAGCUGUUCAGAACAUUUGAAAUUAGGUGACGCUGCCAGGGUCACUCGAAAUCUGAAAAGGAUGAACGAAGACGUUCAAACACUUCCUAGUCACGCUUUAGGCAGCUAUGCUGCUGCUAGCUAUUUCCAGUCCCGAAGAGAUGGAGGGCCGGUCAGGCAAAAGCAACUCCAACACUGCUUCGCAAGAGGAGCAUGUAGAAAGGGCACUUUACCUAUGUGGCUUGCAGCCUGCACGCUAAUCUGUGCUUCAUAAACCAGUCGGACCAAGAGCGAGAUGCUACGCAGUCAUAGACUCUGAUAAAUCGAACCGAGGGAAUUACGCAGUCGUAGACUCUAAGAAAUCGAAUCCGCGAACUCCAGAAUGUUGUUUGUUUUGCCGGGCGGCCGUGCAUUGCAGGGUACACUAACAGACAAUACUAGUUAGUCUGCAAGAGGCUCUGCCAUUCGUCUUGUGUUGCCAACCGACUUCGGACACAGUGUGAAAAUGUUGAUUGACCAAAAAUGUUGGGGCAUCAUAUCGUAC